AUGUUGUUGACAGCGCAAGUCAAGCGCUGGAAGGACGGCAUCAAGGUGCUGAUCAACCAGCCGGAGCGACAAAACUCAGAACGCGGCGGGCUAUUGGAGAAUGCCGUCCACGUGGACGAUGUCCUCGUGCCACAAUUGGCGUACCUGUACGGCAGUGACGCCAAGUCAAUUGUGAUGACGCCCAGCGUCAAGUUCAACUGCGUGAUGCUGGACACGACGUGUGGACCGCCCAGGCAUGGAGCAAGGAAGAAGCAUGAAUAA